CGUGAGCAGUUCCCGUCCGGACGGCGUCGCAGGAGGAUCUCUUUGUAGUGCCCCCGCUUCGAUUUCUCUCUCGAGCGAACUUCUCGUAACAAUGACUGCGUACCAAAACGUUGCGUUUCACGGACCAGUCCCGGAGUGAAGUGAAAAUCCGCUAAGUGUUUCUGACUUUCUUGUCCCGGAAAAUGUCUUCGCGGAGACACAUUUUGUGUUUUUAUGGUACUGCAAUAUAAUGAAGGUGAAACGACGACGAGCCCUGCAUAAUUGAGACCAGCAAAGGAAGCUAUACAGUACGCCCGGAAAAAAUCAAAAUGAAGAUUGUCGUUAUAGGUCGUAUGGGCGUGAAGACAGGCGCAGUGGUGUUGGUGACCGCGGGUGAGGUGUCGGCGCGUGUCGCAGGCAAAGUGGGCGGCUACUCCAAUAAGAAAGGAGGUAAAUCAACGAGCGGUAUCAACGAAGAAAUAAUAUGGAUAAGCAUCAGUAUGGCGAUAGCGAUAGCAAUUCUCAUAGCGAUCGCCUUGUGCUACAUCCUCAAGCAGAAAUGCACGAAGCGCUCCAACUACCGGGAGCAAUCAUGACGGUACAAGCAGGAGUUCGCCAAGCACGCCUUGGCGGACUCCCUUUCUGACCUCAGCUUCCCCGCGUACACCCUCUAUCCGCAAUUCUCUCCUGAUGGCAAAGAGUAUUUCUACAAUUUCCACCGCUUCGCAUACAUACGAGACAGCUAUAAGCUGCCGCCUAAAGACUAUCCCGUCAAAAGCAAAGACGAAGUAUAUAUCAAUGCGUGAUUGCUUUUACAAUUGAUUUGGUGUUCACAGAAAGUUAAUACGUUCUUUUACUUCUUGUAUACUUGAAUACAUGUCUCUUUAAUAUGAAAUGUUCUCAUCCUAUCCUAUUGUAUUUUGUCUAUGUAUAUUACAUUAUCCGAUGUAUAGAUAUAUAGAGAAAUAUGUGUCUUGUAUAUACAUUUGUUUAGUAAGUUUUAAAUUAUUAAUUAAAUAUUUGAGUAGAAUAUUUGUUAGUUGAUGUGAGUGAAUGUAUCAAAUUAGCUAUUAAAAUACUUAAAGAGUUUAAAAAAUGAGAAUUUAAAUUAUACAAACUAAGAAUUUAAUGAAAUGUAAACGAACUGACGUUUAAUUUAACUGUGAUAGUAAAUUCAGGCUUUGAAGAAAAAGUGCUUAAACUUUUCAAACCAAAGCCUUGAUAGCGUUAUUUAGUGCAAAGGUAGGGACAAAAUAUUUUACAGUGUGUGUAUCGACGCUAUCAGUAGAUUGCAAUAUUCGUGUUCAAAUUUGAAUCUUGGGUCUUGAAAUAUACAACGUACUUUUGACUAGCAAGUGUCUCUAAAACGCCUUCAUAAAAUGUUAUGAUUACGACUUCUGUACGAAAUUGGGAUUAGACAGUAAAAGUUUAGCUAAAACCUUAGAAGAUGAAUGAGAUAUUUGAAUUAAAGCUGUCUUUUUUUAAACUCAUAUCCAAGUUUUGGCUAUAAAGUUUCCCGAAAAGCGCCGUAAUCCAAAAUGCAUAAAAAAUUAAAAUCCAAACGAACUUUUAACUUACAGCAACCUAGUACGCCAAACAUUUAAAAUGUCAUUAAACCUACCUAAUUUAUUUUUAUAAUUUCACGUUAAAUAUAUAUAAAGAGAAUGUAUAAAUGAUCAUGUAUGUAUCUGUACCAAUGUGUAAAUUAUUAUUAUAUAUAUGUAAUGUAUUUAUAUUAGUUUAAAUUAGUGUUAAAUGAAAUCCUAAAAGAGCAUUUAAAAACGAAUCAUUAAUGACCAAAUAUUACCCUGUAUUAUUUUAUAGAAAAUAAAUGUUUAUGAAA